AUGCGUUGGUUGGGUCUUUUAGUUGAUAUGUUUCGCCAAGUUGAAGUUAUGGUAGGCCAAGCAGCUGGUAAAACAACGUUUCGGGCAUUAAAACAUUGGAAUGGUAUUGAAGGUGAACCAGCGAUUAUUGUUAGAGUCAUAGCGUGCUUUCAACCCUUACACGAUUGUCAGGCUGAUUACUUCCGUCAAUUGCUUAAGCCGGUCACGUAA